UUCAAGUCAGAGACACAGACAUGACUAAGUUAACCUGGAUUGAAAAAUUGGCUGAAUCUUGCGAACAGAUCAGUAAAAAAAUUGAAAAACGCUACAGUAAAAAACGACUGUGGAGCCCUGAUUAUUCAAAGAAGAGAAUUGUCAGUGACAUUCUUUGGAAGGUGAUUGAGAAGGUUGCAGACAUACCAACUCGGCAUCUUAUUAGAGAAACGUUUGAGGAGGCCCACUGUCAGCUACUUCGCCAAAUUGUAAGAGAAACUGGGAAACUCGAGCUGUCCUUUGUGAUGGAAAUGUCAGACAAGCUAAGCGAAAGGAUUUUCCAAGGCAUCGCCAGCGAUUCUUUCCAUAUUGCUAGCGAGUUGCAUUUGUUCACAAUACUUUUCUACCCAGUUGCGUAUCCGAGGAUAGUAGAAGAAUUCAAGUAUCACCUGGAGAAUCCCAUUCUUCCUGAGCCUACAAAAAUGGAUAGAUUUUUCUCAUCUGUAAGAACAACGCUCAAAAAUGCUUUGUUUGACACUGAGAGCUUGUAUUCUAAUGAAAACUGUCUGUCCGACAGUCAAGUUAUUGCUGCCGAAAGGAGAAAAUCAUUGAUAGGGAACAUAGAAGUAAUCAAACAUGGAACUGAAGAGGAACGUCGUAAAAUGGUGUAUGAAGUUGUGUGGAAACUGAUUUGUAGGGCAAGUUACGCAUCUGUCACCCCAUACAAAGUUAAAGACACUGUACCAGUCUUCAAAAGGCUUUCUGGGAUCGUGAGGGAAGAACUAAGAGACGUAGAGUUUCCAAUUUUCAGCAAUAUGGACAAAAAACUCAGCAAAGACAUCUUCCAACUUCUAACUGGAAAUGAGGAUGUGGCCGAGAAAGAGCAGGACAACGGGAAGGAGAAGGAAAAGGAGCGAGACAAGGAGAAAGAGAAGGAGCAGCAGCGCGGAGUGAAGAGACCCAUCGCUCCUGCAGCGAUCCCUGAACCUGCCCAGGAACAAAUACAGAGCAAUUUUGUCAUCGUAAUCCACCCUGGAUCAAGAACGCUUCGCAUUGGCCGAGCCACAGACACCCUUCCUGUCAUUAUCCCUCAUGUAAUUGCGCGGCGGCAUAAGCAGGGUGGACAGGCGAGGUAUGAAGAUGCUUGGCUGCUGAGAGAGGGUCUGAAUAAGGCAGAGAGCAGCGAGCAGAGGCAGAAUGGACUGAAAAUGGUGGACCAGGCCAUCUGGUCCAAGAAGAUGUCCAACGGUGUGAGAAGGACUCCUGUGUCUGCUGAACAGGCCAGGGCUUAUAACUGUCAGAUCCGUCCAGCAGUUCUAGACAGCAGUUCAAGAGUGAAGUGGACAAACACAAGCCACCAUCCCAAUUAUCUGGUGGGAGAGGAGGCUCUGCAUGUGAAUCCAUCAGACUGUUACAACCUCCACUGGCCUGUGGUCAGAGGUCAGCUCAAUGUGCAUUCUGGCUCUGGAGGGUCUCUGACCGCAGUGCUGGCCGAUCUCGAGACGCUGUGGAGUUACGUCAUUCAGAAGCAUCUGGAGAUUCCCCUAAAAGAGCUAAAGUAUUACAGAUGCAUCCUGUUGGUCCCCGACAUCUACAACAGACAGCAUGUAAAGGAAAUUGUCAACAUGUUGCUACAUAACAUGGGUUUUUCAGCCAUCAUUGUGCACCAGGAGUCAGUGUGUGCUACAUUCGGCAGCGGGUUGAGCAGCGCUUGUGUCGUGGAUGUGGGCGAUCAGAAGACCAGCAUCUGCUGUGUUGAGGAUGGAGUGUCCCAUCGAAACUCAAGGCUCUGUUUGGCCUAUGGUGGUUCAGACGUGACCCGCACUUUCUUCUGGCUCCUGCAGAGGGCAGGGUUUCCCUACAGAGACUGCCAGCUGACCAGCAGGCUGGACUGUCAGCUCUUGCAGCAUCUAAAGGAGACAUUCUGUCAUCUGGAUCAGGACAUAUCAGGGUUACAAGAUCAUGAAUUUCAGACACGUUUCCCAGAAGCCCCGGCUCUUUUAUACCAAAUUCGACUCGGAGAUGAAAAAUUACAGGCGCCAAUGGGUCUGUUCUACCCAAGCACAUUCGGCAUCGUUGGUCAGAAAAUGACAUCACUACAGCACCGUUCCCAAGGCAACUCAGAAGAUCCCCAUGAUGAACACUACCUGCUCUCCACACAGAGCAAAGGGGACCAGUCCUCUAAAUCUGCAGCUGAGCGUAAGGCCGUUUCCAGGCCAGGCGGAGGUUUGGAUGGUGAACUGAGCUGCCAGGGGAGGAUGGGGGAGAUGUCCGACAUGCCCAGAGGCUGUGGGAGCGGGAGUGCAGCAGGAGGAGGAAUGCUUGGAGAAAUGGAGCUGGGGCCAAGCCAGGGCGAGUGUCUGAUGGCUCCAGGAGAGGCGGAAGAGCCGCUGUCCGCUCACCUGUCCAGGAAGACGGCCAUCAUUAGCCAGUUCGAGAGCAAGGCUUUGGGCCUGGACAAGGCUAUCCUGCAUAGCAUCGACUGUUGUGCGUCGGAUGAAACCAAACGGAAGAUGUACAGCUCCAUCCUGGUGGUGGGAGGGGGGCUCAUGUUUCACGGAGCUCAGGAAUUCCUGCUUCAUCGCAUCAUCAACAAGAUGCCGCCAUCCUUCAGAAGGCUGGUCGAUAACGUGGAAGUCAUCACACGACCUAAAGACAUGGACCCCAGGCUGAUUUCAUGGAAGGGCGGAGCAGUGCUUGCGUGCCUGGACACCACACAGGAGAUGUGGAUUCACCAGAGAGAGUGGCAGCGCUUCGGUGUCAGAAUGCUCCGAGAAAGAGCUGCAUUCGUCUGGUGAAACCCAACUGAGGUCCUGAAGCUAAAACGCACCACUUAUACAUCAGAGGGCAGACAAGGAAAGGGACAAAUUGCAUAUCAUUUGGUAUGUAUAGUUGUUCUGAUUGGCGUUUGUAACCCAGGAUGCAUUUUAUAGUUUUCUGUUUAUAAGAUGUCUUCUAUAGAAUUUUAAUUGUUCUGUAAAGAUUCCUGUUUUCACAUUUUCAUGCAUGAAGUGUAAAUAAACUCGUCUCAUUUGAAGAAAAAUAAUAACUGCAUUUGGAAGAAAAUCAUUUCUUAAUUCACCUCAUCUGGGCAAAAAUGUUUUAACUCUUGGUGUCCACAUGACAACACGUAACUGUUUUUAUUUAAUUUAUUUAUUUUUCCACUCACAAAAUAACUACACUGUAAAAUCUUAACCAAAACAUAGAAAACAAUCGUCCCUGCUUCAUACAGUUUUCAAUUUGUGUGUGUUUGUCUCAG